AUGGGUGGAGAUAUCACUGAGCCAAAUUCUAGGCCGUUUCAAGUUGCUUUGUAUCUUCGGGUUGGAACAACGGGUCAGCUGGGCUUUUGCGGCGGCUCCCUUGUCCACAGAGAGUGGGUGCUGACGGCGGCGCAUUGCUGCUUCCAUGAAGACCGUCAAGUUGACCACGUCCAGGCGAUCCUUGGGGCACACUCGCUGUACGACCGGUACGAGAACGGACGGAGGAUCGUCAACGUUGAGGAGAUAGUGGUGCACCCCGACUGGGACCCAUCCAACUUCGCCAACGACCUGGCGCUCCUGAAGCUCGCCAAUGUCAUUCAACUCACUGAUACGAUAGACGUGGUGCGUUUACCUUACCUUAGCAUAUCUUCGUUUAACUUCGCCGGCAUGGGAGCCAUCGCGUCUGGAUGGGGCAUCGCAGCCGAUGGAGUAAGGUUCGUGUCACCGACCCUUCGCGAGAAGAUCAUGACAGUGAUGACUGAUCCACUAUGCAACUCCUUACACUUUAACCAGCUACCGGAAAAUACUGUGUGUGGCUUCAGCAUAUCUUCCGGCACUUGCAAGAUCGGCGUUGCAUCGUUUGUUGGUGCUGGGGGAUGCAGUGAUGACCUUCCCUCCGUGUUCACAAGGGUGCAGCGGUACUUACCGUGGAUCAGUGAAGUGACCGGCAUCACAUUGGAU